AUGAGCCUUGGCGGUGGCGAUCCACAAGUUAUAUUACGACGCAUCCGUCAUGGUUUUAUAAUCUGUGAUGACACAGAAUUAUGCGAUAAAAUUAUUAGUCAAGAUGUUGAAACUGAACAACGACGAAGAAAUAUAGCAAAAACAAAAUCAAUUGAUAUUGAGAAAACUGAUUUAUUGACGUUAUUACGAACAGAUCCUGCUUUUAUUCUUGAUGAAUUAAAACAUUCACCUGAAUGGACAGCAACCAAUGUUCAAGUUCGACGAGUUCGAUGUGAAACAUUAGGUCGAUUGGAUGAAAUAAAAACUGAAAAUGAAGCAAAACGUAAAGUUGAAGUUAUUUCUUGGCAAGAUCCACCUCAACCUCAAAAUUCAGAUGAAUCAAAUCAUUCCGAAAAUGAUGAAAAUUCUUCUUCAUCUUUAUUUCAACGUCGUACAGAACCAAUUCGACCUCUAGUACAACCAUCACCUCUCACAGCUCUUCUUCAAUCAUCAACGCAUAAACAAAAUGCAUUUGUACAAUAUGCCAAAUUUGAUGGAACACCAAAUAUAAGUACAAAUCAAUCGAAAACAUUUAUUGUUCAUUUGAAAUCUCAAAAACUUCCAGUUAUCGUUUUUUCUCAUGCAAGUGUAGAAGAAACAAUUGGUUUUAUUUGUUAUAAAUAUACAAUAGAAAAUCGAGAACCACUUUUAACACAAAAAGAUCCGUCCAAAUAUUCGCUCUAUAUUGCUGAUGAUAAUGGACUAGCUGAAGAUGAUUUUCCUCCAUUAACACAUACACGACCUAUUGGUGAAUAUGCUUUUCCUCAUUUAGCAUUAAUUGAACAAGUAACUCCAGUAAAUCCUUCUUCAACUUUGAUACCAACAAAUAAUAAUGAAAAUUUUUCUGAUGAUGAACUUGAUGAUGAUAGUGAAUCGUGUGAUGAUUCAUCUCGAUCAAUAACACCACCACCAACAACAACAAAUGAACCACGAAAAUCUGUUAGUUCAAGUGGGAGAGCUUCAAUACAUAUUGCUGCACAAGAAAGUUUAGUUGAAUUAGACCCAAUUAUUCAUUUAAAUCGUUUAUAUGAAAGUCUCAAUCAGAAAAUUUAUUCAUUUGAUUAUUAUAUUAAAUCGGGUAGUAGUAAACAUUAUAAAAUUAAAAUUGAUGUAUCCGGUGAACAAAUACGUUUUGAAUUAUUAGAAAAAGCAAGUCGAUUAACAUGGCAAACUAUGUCAUUAACAACACAACGUUUAGUUGAUUGUACUUUAUUAAGUAAAGAUUCAAAUAAAAAAAAAGAUCGUACACGUGUUCAUUUUGUUGUUGAAAGUCAACAAGAAUCGGAUGGUUCACGAACAUUUCAAACAUAUGAAUUAGAAUCAACAUUAGAAACAGCUGAACAAUUUCGUGAUCAAAUUCUUAAUAUAAUUAAAUUAAAAAAUCCUCAAGGUCGUGAUACAUAUGAAGAUCAAUUACAAUUACGACGUGAUAAUACAAAGAAACGACGUUCUAUUUUUAAUUUACUCGGAGCUGGUCUUGGAAACAGUGGUGGAUCAACUAAAUCUUAG